AUGUCGAAGCCCUACAGCACCUUCCAAGGCGCCUACGCAAGGCAGAGCCCGUCCGCCGGCAUCUCUCCUCGGAUGGACCCUGAGAGCAGCUUCGGCUUCGGGAAGCGCAAGCGCUUGAAUGUGGUCUCGAUUCUGGUCAACGUUCUCACACCGUGGCUGGUUUUCUGCGGUGUCUUCGCCUCGAUGUCCUUCUCGACCCACCACGAAAGCCCCGUCCUGGCCUGGUUGGCGGUGCUUGCGGGCCUCGCUUUUGCCGGAGGUGCAGGUGUCAUGGCGCGCAGGACCAAGAUGCAGGACCAGGAUCCUACUUGGUACACCUUUGCAGCCCUGGCUCUAGGCCUUGCCACCGUCUCUGCGGCUGUCCUGGGAGACAUGAACUACUGGUACAACAUGCAGCCGUACUAUGACAUCGAGAACAUCAACACCUACCCCUCCGUGAACCCUGCGCGGGAGAAAGGGCAGCAGCUUAUGGAUGCCGGUCGCGUUUACUUCGAGGACGGCACUGGGUUGGACACUUCCAAGGCCAUGGCAUUCCGGAACCUCGACAGGUACUGCGUUGCACCCAUCGUCUUUGGACAGGAGCCUCUCGCUUCUUACGACUUCUGGGCUGUGGGGGUGAACUGCUGCAGCGGCACGACUGCCGAUUUCCGCUGUGGUGAGUUUGACAAUCCCAAAGCUCGUUCCGGAUUGCGCCUGAUGCGCGAAGACCAGCGGCCCUUUUUCCGCCUCGCGGUGCAGCAAGCGGAGGCGGCCUACAAUAUCAAAGCUAACCACCCGCUCUUCUUCUACUGGAUGCAGGAUCCCGUUGCGGAGGUCCUGAAAUACCGCAGCGACGGUUUCAAGUAUGCACUUAUCGCCAUCUCCACUUUCUUUGCCUUCAACAUUCUGUGUGUCGCGGGGUCGGUGUUUGCUUUCUCCAAGCUCAGCCACGAGUUCUGA